AAAACCCACCACUUGUCUUACCAUAUCUUCAUUACAUCUCUCUCUCUCUCUCUCUCUCGGUUUUGUGAGACUGUUUCUAUCUUAGGGUUUUCUUAGGUAUUUUUCAUUUAAAACGUCUCUUAGGGUUUGGUGAAGAAUCUCUGUCGUACGUCUCCCCUUGUAAGCAAGCGAGAUAAGGACUCUUCUUGCGUUGUAACCAAAACAAAACAAAAAAAACACAAUGGAAGGUUGUCCAAUAAGCAGAGAAACCUGUCCUAAACUCCUUGAUUUGAUUCCUCAAGAAAGAAAAUGGUACCAUGAUAAAGAGAAGAACAACUCAGAUCAAGAAAAGAAACUUGAGCUAAGGCUUGCACCACCCGGUGGUGAUGAAGAAGAUCUUUCAGCUAUGAAGAAGAAGAAGAACUUAGAGACAAGAAACAACAUCAAGAAGGAAGCUGAAGACAAACCUAUCUUCAAUCUCAGUGGAAACCAUUUCUCUCCUUCCAACAAAACCACUUAUGCUCCUCCUCACAUCUCUCAUAAAAGAACUGCUCCUGGUCCAGUGGUGGGAUGGCCUCCGGUUCGUUCGUUCAGAAAGAACCUAGCGAGCUCAAGCUCUUCAAAGCUCGGAAACGAUCAAAUCAACAAGAGUGGUGAGGGAGAGAAGCAAGUCGAACCUAAGAGGGAAGGAAUGUUUGUAAAGAUAAACAUGGAUAGUGUUCCAAUAGGUAGAAAAGUCGAUCUCAAUGCUUACAGUACCUACGAACAGCUCUCUUUAGCUGUUGACAAACUCUUCAGAGGUCUACUCGCAGCUCAAAGAGACACCUCUGGUGGUGAAGGAGAGGAGCAACCGAUCAUUGGUUUAUUGAAUGGUAAAGGAGAAUUUACUUUAACGUAUGAAGACAAUGAAGGAGACAAGAUGCUUGUUGGGGAUGUUCCUUGGCAAAUGUUCGUUUCAUCUGUGAAGAGACUGCGUGUGAUUAAAAGCUCUGAGAUUUCAUCUGCCUUGAAAUUUGGAUGCAGUAAGCAAAGAGAAAAUGAGGAACUGAAGUGGCUUUCAGGAACUUCUGUCUGCGUCGAAGGGUCUCAUAGUUUUUAAUUUGUACAUCAGGUUUUUGUUAUAUAUAAGAGAUAAUCAUUGGCUUUUGUUCAGAGAGACAUUUGAUCUGAUCUUGAUAUAAUCUUCCCAUGUCAAGACACUCAACAAUGAGAUCAUAGAAGCGAUGUGUGUGUAAAAAGCAUUUAAUUUACGAAAUGCUUUUAGGAAGAUACUUGGAACAUAAUGAUCAUAUCAUGUCUACAUAGCUCCUUUAAUAAUGUAAAAGGCUGAGAAUAAAAUUCCAUUAUUUA